AUGGACAUCUUCAACUUCCUCCAAUCUCUCUUUCUCCUCCUCCUCCUCCUCCUCCUUUUCCCUCUCAUUUCUGCAGUGAAUAGUACUCCCAGUAACUGUCCAACUUCCAUUUGUUUCAACAGCAACUUCACCAUUCGAUUCCCUUUCCAAGCAGUCCCCGGAGCCUCGCCAAACUGCGUCUAUCCCGGCUUUAAUCUAAGCUGCGACAGCCAAGGCAAUACGGUUAUAAGAUUUCCUUAUUCCGGAGAAUUCUUCGUUCGCAGUAUCGACUACCGAGCACAAGAAAUCCAGCUCUAUGACCCAUCCAAUUGCCUUCCAAGGCGGCUUCUGGACUUUAACCUUUCUGGGACUCCUUUCCGGGUCGCUUAUCAUAUCAACUACACGUUCAUGCUAUGUCCAACGGCUUUCACUCAGUCUAGAUUUACCGCUGUUCCUUGUUUGAGUGAUUCAACAAACACGACCUUGGCAACUUCUUCGAAUACUCUGGUGGAAUUUUUGGCGCCAAAGCACUGCAAAGUACUUGUUACAAUGCCGAUACCGGUUUCUUCGCCAACGCAAUCUGACUCUGGAUUUACGUCUGGGCUUAACGGUGAUCUUCAGCUGUAUUGGGAUGUACCCAACUGUGAAGAUUGUGAAGCGCAGGGGGUUAUGUGUGGAUUUGAGAAUAAUACAAGUCAACAAGUAAUGUGCUUUGAUAGUCCUGCAGGAACAGGUAAUUACGCCCCUCUGUUGACUUUCAUUUCUCUUUUGACAGACACGGCUGACCAUCUCCGAUUGCUCAAGAUGAUCUCCCUCACCGUAGCCAUUCCAACCAUUGUAUGCGCAUUCUGUACAGCAUGCAUAUGCUUAAUCCAUGGAAGGCAGAGCCACGGCAUGGCCAGGCAGCAAAACUUUGAUCCGACGGUAACACUGCAGCCAUCCGACACUUCAAUUUCCGGCUUAGACCAAUCCAGCAUUGAAUCAUACACCAAAGUAGUUCUCGGUGAAAGCCGGCGUCUCCCCAUGGGGCCUAAUGAUGGAACUUGCCCGAUAUGCUUGUCAGAUUAUCGCGCGGAAGAGGUUGUCAGAUGUAUACCGGAGUGCCAGCAUUGCUUUCACGCUGGUUGCAUCGAUGCGUGGCUUAGAUUGAACAAUUCAUGCCCAGUUUGCAGGAAUUCCCCAUCUCUUGCUCAUGGUGUUCUGCAACCAGUUUGAUUCUUGAGUUUUGUUAAUGUUUGGAGUGUGCUUUCGUUUCUCUUAGGCAGAGUAGUGGUUUUGAAUUGCAUUCGUUUGCGGAUCAAAAAAAGAAAAGAAAAAAUUAGCAGGUUGAGUGGUGUACAUAAAGCAAAAUACCUUGUAAAUGUAAUUUUUUGAUAUGAUACGCAGUCACCGUGUUUGCAAUAGCUCUUGAUACAUAUUAUAGAUUACAAUUUUUAGAUUAUGCUGCAAAUUUUAAGUUUUAGAUCUAAGUAAAAGCAUAUAUUUAUGUUUACCAUAUGUGAAAGCUAGUACUGCUUACUACAAAAAGUUAAAAAUUACCUUUCAGAAUACUUACAAUUUAAAAUCUAUCUGAAAAGCACUGCAAACCUAGCUUGUCUAGAAUCAGAUUUUAGAAUCCUUUUAAUCUGUUAGACAAGAAUUUUUGACAAACACUACGGACAUUUAAAAGCUAAAAUCUCAAAAUCUACCUCUAGAGUUUUGUGAACACGCACACGGUACAUAAGUGUAACAUAACACCACCCUUGACAUUCAUAUAGCUGAUACUUGAAAUCGAGGCAUUGAUAAUCUUUCCUCAAUCAAGCAGUUCAACAAUCGUAUCUUACAGAGUCACAAGUAUAUUGACAAAUCUCGGAGCAACAGUCAAGAUGUGUGCCACAGCAGACGAAAUCUAAUUUUGGGACACCUCAAAUCAACAUUCUGUUAUUUUGCUCAAGUCGUGAGCAGUCACUUGUAAAUUGGAACUCAAAAUGAACCACUUCCAAAGAGAGGCAUACAAAGCCAUGAAAAUAAUUCGAAUUAUUCAUUUCUUGGCAAGCAGCUUCUUUGGAAGCAUCUCCAAAGGUGUGGUUUUGAGCAGGAAAAGCCUGGCAGCACGCUCUUGCAAUGUACCCCCGCAUUUCAGC